AUGGGCGGAUCCCAGAGCAGGCUGUGCCCCUCACGCCCACCCCAGGCACCGUGGGGCCAGCGCCUGCCAAGAGGGCUUCGCCGCCUCCAGCCCCUUCACCGCACCUGCCGACUUCCCUUGGCUGUCCGGGGUCACCCAGCUGUCCAUGUCCCGCCACUCACUCGGAGGACAUCCUGCAGGAAUCCAGCAACUUCACACCCACGAUUUCUCAUCGCACCUCCCAGAUGGGGUGCCUUGACCCGGAAGAUCCUGCGCUCCUUUCUGGGGGUCCUUUCCUCCAUCUGCAGGCCUGGCCAUCAGAACAAGGCCAUGCUCUCUGCUCUCACCCCCGAGAAGUCCUGCAGCUCACCAUCUGCUGAGGACAAAGUCACUCCCUGCGUGGUCCAGGAGCAGGGAGUCACCCCGAUGCCACCCACAACACCCAGGUGUGCUCAAGACCGCAGCACUGACAAGAUGCUGUUGAGAACCCCGGGAGAGAGCAGGAAAGAGACGGCCGAGCAGGAGGAAGACCCCCCAGUCAUCGAGAGGCAGGACGAUGAGGGAAGGGGCCCUGACAACCCUGGGGAGGCAUCGUCUGCAUUUAGGCCGCUGGGGCUGCAGGGAGGCCUCUGUUCCAUCGUGCCCAGGCCUGGGCCUCUGCAGGGAACCCACCACAGCAUGAGGUCAGAGGACAGAUCAAUCCAUAAGUCCCAGACUUCGUGCAUGAGCUCCUGCCCCAGAAGAAAUGCCAUCACCAGCUCAUAUAGCUCCACCCGAGGGUUCCCAUCAGUGCAGAGAAGGAUGGGCCCAGCCACAGCCCACACCUGGCUGCCCCAGAGGCCCUCCGAGAAAGUGAUCCCAGAGGGCCGUGGAUCUCCCUCUGCAGGCUCGGGGCUCUCCCACAGGAAGCUGCAGCGUGGGAAGGACGCACCGGGGCAGACAGAAAGCCAGAGCAUCUGCUCACCCAUACCCGACAGGUCCAGGCCCCGAAAACGAAAGACCCCUCUGCUGCCAAGCAGGCACGGGGCCCCUCUGAGCCUGCCACCAGCCCUUGAGCUGGGAUUUCGAGUCACCGUGGAAGAUCUGGCCUCGGAGAAGGAAGCAGCACUGCGGACCAUCGACAGUGCCCUGCGGGGUGAGACCGAGGCCGUCAGGGACCAUGGCACCACCCAGCCUUCCUGUUCUGUCUCCAUGCCUUCUGCAGCGACGGCUCCUCCACCAGCUGUCCCUCUGGCCCCCAGCAUGACCUCAGAGUGGGGAAAACGCAGGAAGGUCCAGGACACCAUGGGCCCACUCACCAUCCUGCAAACUGCUGGAGCGGCCACUGUGGGGCAUCCUUUGUGGCACAGGAAGCACAGCUCUCCAGGACCCCUCCUCUCCCUGUCACAGCCCCUGCCAGGCACCUCUUCACCCUCACUGCCCUCACCCAUGUCCACAUUGCUGACCCCUGCUUCCUCCCUAGGAUCUGGCAGGGAUGAACUGCCUGCUAGGUGCCCAAGCGCCCUGCUCCCUGCUCCUGGCCCUGCACUAGGCAUGGAGUCUGCAAUUGGAAGCCCAACUUCUGCCUGCUGGGCCCCUGCCCCUGCGGCAGCAUCCCCUCCCUGCUUCCUGUUGAAGUCCACCUGGGGGCACCCUCGCAAUGGGGGAGGAGGAGGCCACUCCAAACCCAAGGCUGCAGUGUCAGCUGCAGCAGACGCCAGUUCUGCCUUCUCUGCAGCUUGGAGCACCUCACCCAUGUGCACAGACUCUCCUGUCUCCACCUCACAGCGCCCCCCUCCCAUCACGGAUCCUGGUGCCCCUCCCUCCACGGGCCUGCCAAUCAUUCCUGCUGGCAGUUCCAGCCCCUCUCCCUGCAUAUCUACAGGCCUGGCUCCCUGGGCAGCUGCUGACACUGAGGUCACCCCCAUGGACACUACUCCGGCUCCCCAGCCUCUGCUCGAGGGCUCUGCAGCUGGCUCCAGUGGGAGCAUCUCCUCACCUGCCCUGGCCCUUCAGAUGUCCCCCAGGGACAGCAUGGCCUCAGUCACCAGCAGCCUGUCCCCACUGAGGUUCUGUGGCCGCACCCCAACUCCCAAACUUCCCACGAACCCUGGAGCCGUGGCCCAGUCCAAAUCAGGGGCCCCUGAUGGGCAGCAGCAUGGAGCCACCACCUUACCAAGCUCUCUCCAGAAGGGCACACGGGCUGCGCCAGCCACACCCCGAGCCCCAACCUCUGCACCAGGCCAGCCUGCUGGGGACAGCACCACAUGGGCAGUUUUUGGGGUGGCAACACCCACACCUUCCAUCUUGGGCACCCAUAGCAGCACCUGGCCAGGUCUUGCUGCCACCCCAGCUGUCUUCCCUUCUGGCACAGCCCACGCCUCGGGCUUGGCCCCUGCCACCUACAAGCGGAGCACUGUGACCCAUGCUGGGACCAGGAUGAGGCAGCCACAGUCACAGUUUGGCAGCAGAAGCCACGUGCCCUUCAGGUUACAGGUCUUGGUAGCGUCUAAGGGCUUUGACAGCAGAUCUGCUCUGUCAUUUUUGACCCGUUCCUUCAGUGCCCUCAGCCUUAGAGCACAGACGAGUGUGGCCCCAAGCACCACACACCGCUAUGGGGGCAGCUUGGGCCAGAACACCUGGGGGCCCCCUCCCCAGAGCGUCCCAAUGGUGACUGCAAGACCCAGCACCAGGCAGAACCCCGGGUCUGGAUGCACUACUGCCCCUUCCUCAAGCCGCAUCCCUGGGGGCCUGUGCAGGAAGAGACGCCUUACUUCCGGCUGA